AUCUUCUCAUUAUCUCGCAUUGAAUCGAACUUGUCCAAGUCGUGAUUUAAUCCAGAACGAAACAUUGUGUCCCACCUUUCUACUCAAACAGACAUUGAUACCAUUGGAAAGCCUACCGAGGCACAUCUCAAGAACGACAUACCCGGCAUAUCAAUCAGUCAACAUUGUCAGAUAACAAUAAUGGCCAGCUCUGGAGAGUUCAAACACCACGUUGUCCAACUGGACAGUCACAUUGAACUCCCUCCCCUCCGAUUCCCACACACAUUCGAAAAGCACGUCUCCACCACUCCCUCAGAACUCCCCUCACGCAUCGCCUCCGCAACCAUAGCAAUUGCAACCACCACCUCCUUCACAAAAGCAAACAUGGUCUCCGCUCCGCAACUGCAACUAAUCUCUUGUCUUGGAGCCGGCUGUGAUAAGUUUGACCUUCACGCUGCCAAAGAGGCAGGUGUUACCGUGACCAAUACGCCCGCUCAGAAUACAAGUACGGUUGCCGAACAUGCACUGAGUUUAUAUUUUGCGGUCAAGAGGAAGAUUGUGGAGUUGAAUGCUUUCACAAAAGAAGGGGAGAAGUGGAAGAAACAGGGGAUGAGUGUGUUGGAGUUCAGGGGUGUGCAGCCUAGGGUCUGUGAGGAAGAGGCUGUGGGGAUCAUUGGGUAUGGAGCUUUAGGUCAGCGGGUGGAGAAGAUGUGCAAGGCACUCGAUAUGAAUGUCCUUAUCGCCGAGCGCAAAGGCGAAGCUACUACUCGUCCUGGUCGUGCUGCUUUCGAGGAGAUCCUGCGCAAGAGCACAACACUUUUCCUGACCUGCCCCCUCGACCCUUCGACUAGGGAUAUGGUCUCUCAUCACGAACUCUCCCUUCUGUCACCGUCUUCCAUUCUCAUCAAUGUCGGUCGCGGAGGCAUCGUGAACGAGAACGCUCUUGCUACCGCUCUCAAGGAGGGCAAGCUAUUAGGUGCUGGUCUUGAUGUUUUCGAGCAUGAACCAGCGACUAAGGAGAAUUGCCCGUUAUUGGCGGAUGAUGUGCCCGGCUUGGUUGCCACACCUCAUCUAGCUUGGUUCUCUGGCCGGACGGUGGAAGGGACGAAGACGUGUGUCAGAGAUACGAUUGAGGCCUUUGCUAGAGGAGACCCAAUCAAUGUGGUUGUGGACGGAAGAGAAGCCGGAAAGUGAGAUAGCGAUGAAUAGGACAAAACAAGACGUCGAAAAUCGACUCUGAAGCCAUACUCGGAACGUCCCCGUCGAGAAAAGCAACAUUGCUGCCGCGUUGAGCAUGCGUUCAUGGGUCGGAAUUGAGAUCAAGACUACCUAGUGAGGUGUGUCACGAUUAUUGACUGGAUCCAUCAGCUGGGUGAUGUGAACAGCCUCUCGG